UAAUGUGCGCCCCUCCGCCCCCCUCCUCCUCCCCUCCCCUCUCCAAUCCAGGCACCGGCGCAAUGGCAGUGCGGGGAGUAAAUGGCUCAGAGUGUCCGCGGCGGAAAGCGACCUAAACAGCGGACUGGGAGCCAACAAACAAAAACAACAACAAAGCAGGAAGGCGUCCAAAAAAAACAAAAAAAAAAACUUUUGUCCCCCAACACUUUCAAUAUCCCUCUUUCUUCCUUUGGGCUGUUUGUUUCUUCAGUGAUAGUGCGUGAAAACAUUGAGGACAUCUUAAUUGGACAUGUGAGUUUAUACGGGAGUUAUUAAGACAAGAAGGCUGUUUUUUUCUUCUUCUUCUUUCUUCUUUUUGGAUCAAAGAUGAAGUUCCAGGCGUGCGUCUUAGUCACUUUGUUGGUGAUCCGCUGGAGUGAGGCGCAGUCAGUUUGCCCUGGAACGGAGAACAAGCUGAGCACGCUGUCCGACCUGGAUCAGCAAUACCGCACCCUGAGGAAGCUCUACGAGAACUGCGAGGUGGUCAUGGGUAAUCUGGAGAUUACCAGCAUUGAUAGAAACCGCAAUCUCUCCUUCCUGAAGUCUAUAAGAGAAGUGACGGGAUAUGUGCUGGUUGCACUGAAUCAGUUUGAGUAUCUGCCGCUGGAGAACUUACGAAUCAUCCGAGGCACCAAACUAUACGAACGUCGCUAUGCUCUGGCCAUCUUCCUGAACUACAGGCGGGACGGCUUCUACGGCCUGAGGCAGCUGGGUUUACGUAAUCUCACAGAGAUACUGAACGGGGGCGUCUACGUUGACCAGAACAAGUUCCUGUGCCACGCCGACACCAUUCACUGGCGCGACAUUAUCAAGAACCCCCAGGCAGAGCUGCUCGUGGUUCCGUCCAACAACAGCAACAAUGGAUGCAGACGAUGCCAUCGCUCCUGUAACGGACGCUGCUGGGGUCCCCAGGAAAGCCAAUGUCAAACAUUGACAAAAACGGUGUGUGCAGAGCAGUGUGACGGUCGAUGCUUCGGGCCUUACGUCAGCGACUGCUGCCAUCGAGAGUGCGCCGGCGGCUGCUCUGGCCCCAAGGACACCGACUGCUUUGCUUGCACUAAUUUCAACAACAGCGGCGCAUGCGUCACCCAGUGCCCCCAGCCGUUUGUGUACAACCCCACCUCCUUCCAGCUGGAGCCCAAUCCCAGAGCCAAGUACACCUAUGGAGCUUUUUGCGUCAAGAAAUGCCCCCAUAACUUUGUGGUGGACCACAGCUCUUGCGUCAGAGCGUGUCCCAGCAACAAGAUGGAGGUGGAGGAGAAUCGGAUCAAAAUGUGCAUUCCUUGCACUGACAUCUGCCCAAAAGUUUGCGACGGCAUAGGAACAGGCAGCCUGCAGACGGCUCAAACUGUGGACGCUAGCAACAUAGAUAAGUUUGUCAAUUGCACCAAAAUCAACGGCAACCUUAUCUUUCUCAUCACCGGCAUUAAAGGGGACAUGUAUCAUGGCAUUGGACCUUUGGACCCGGAGCGUCUUAAUGUUUUCCGAACAGUCAAGGAGAUCACAGGGUUCCUCAACAUCCAGUCCUGGCCUGAAAACAUGACGGAUUUGAGUGUUUUCUCCAACUUGGCGACCAUCGGAGGCAGAGUUCUUUAUAGCGCUGGUGGUAUUUCUCUGCUGAUCCUGAAGCAGCGCUGGAUAUCCUCCCUUCACUUCCAGUCGCUAAAUGAGAUCAGCGCGGGAAAUGUCUACAUCAUGAACAACACCCGCCUCUGCUUCUACAACACCGUCAACUGGACGUCACUGUUUAGGACCCCGGAACAAAAAGUCCUCAUGCGCGACAACCAUGACCCAAAGAAGUGCACCCAGCAGAGAAUGGUGUGUGAUCGCAUGUGUUCGGACGAUGGCUGCUGGGGUCCAGGGCCCGACCAGUGCCUCUUCUGCCGAUACUUUAAGCGAGGCCGGACCUGCGUUGAAUCUUGCAACCUCUUUGAUGGGGAAGAGCGGGAAUUUGCCAAUGGAUCCAUGUGCCUGGAGUGCGACAGCCAAUGUGAGAAGAUGGACGGAAACAGCCUUACAUGUCUUGGCCCCGGCCCAGACCAGUGUGUAAAAUGCCUUCACUUCAAAGAUGGGCCCAACUGUGUGGAGAAAUGCCCAGACGGGUUGCAAGGUGCAAACAGCUUCAUCUUCAAAUACGCCAAGGCCAACAACGAGUGUCAUCCCUGCCAUGCCAACUGCACUCAGGGGUGCAUCGGGCCAAGACUCCAAGAUUGCGUCGGGAUGAUGGACAGGACGCCUCUAAUAGCAGCUGGUGUCAUUGGGGGCUUAUUCAUCAUCAUCAUCUUGGCGCUCAGCGUUGCCGUUUACGUUCGGCGCAAGAGCAUCAAGAAGAAGAGAGCCUUGAGACGCUUCUUGGAGACAGAGUUGGUGGAGCCGCUGACUCCCAGUGGGACAGCCCCAAAUCAAGCUCAGCUACGCAUCCUGAAAGAGACGGAGCUGAAGAGGGUCAAGAUUCUGGGUUCUGGAGCUUUCGGAACUGUCUAUAAGGGCAUCUGGAUCCCAGAAGGCGAGACGGUGAAGAUUCCCGUUGCUAUAAAAAUCCUCAACGAGACCACAGGCCCCAAAGCCAAUGUGGAGUUCAUGGAUGAGGCCCUGAUCAUGGCCAGCAUGGAGCACCCCCACCUGGUGCGCCUCCUUGGUGUCUGCCUGAGUCCCACCAUCCAGCUGGUGACCCAGCUCAUGCCCCACGGCUGCCUCCUGGACUACGUGCACGAACACAAGGACAACAUCGGAUCGCAGCUGCUGCUCAACUGGUGUGUCCAAAUCGCAAAGGGGAUGAUGUACCUGGAGGAAAGGCGGUUAGUCCACCGAGACCUGGCAGCUCGGAACGUGCUGGUUAAGUCGCCCAAUCACAUCAAGAUCACCGACUUCGGUUUGGCCAGGCUUCUGGACGCCGAUGAGAAGGAGUACAACGCGGACGGGGGCAAGGUUGGUAUGCCCAUCAAAUGGAUGGCUCUGGAGUGCAUCCAUUACCGGAAAUUCACCCAUCAGAGCGACGUGUGGAGCUAUGGAGUGACCAUCUGGGAGCUGAUGACAUUCGGUGGCAAACCGUACGACGGCAUCCCAACGCGAGAAAUCCCAGACAUCCUGGAGAAGGGGGAGCGCCUGCCCCAGCCUCCCAUAUGCACCAUCGACGUCUACAUGGUCAUGGUGAAAUGCUGGAUGAUUGAUGCAGACAGCAGGCCGAAGUUCAAGGAACUAGCCGCCGAGUUCUGCAGAAUGGCUCGUGAUCCGCAGCGGUAUCUGGUCAUCCAGGGGGACGACAGGAUGAAGCUCCCCAGCCCCAAUGAUAGCAAGUUCUUCCAGAGCCUUUUGGACGAAGAGGACCUUGAUGACUUGAUGGAUGCAGAGGAGUAUCUGGUGCCUCGGGGUUUUAACGUGACCGCUUCGUCGGGCACAGCAGACUCCAACAGAAACCAGUUUGGCUAUCGAGAUGGGGGCCCAAAUGCGUCGGAAGGAGCCCUGGCCGGGGCACAAAGCAGCGGAAACCAGGAAGCUUCUGGCAGCCAGGGACCGGCUCCGGAGGACCAGCGGUGCAAUGGAAGCCUGCAUAGAAAGAGCCAGAGCCAUGCUGCAGGGGAAGACAGCGGGACCCAGAGAUAUAGUGCCGACCCCACCAUCUUCCUGGGGGACAGAACGUCCAGAGGCGACACUGAUGAGGAGGGCUACAUGACGGCAAUGAAAGACAAGAGUUCCUCAGAGUAUCUGAACCCCAUCGAGGAGAACCCCUUUGUAUCCAGACGUAAAAAUGGUGAGAUCCACGCUUUGGACAACCCUGGGUACCACAGCACGCCCAACAGUCAACCUAAAGGAGAGGAUGAGUACAUCAACGAGCCCCUCUACCUCAAUACCUUCCACAAUUCUGCUGAGCUGGGCCUGGAGGCCCUGAGGAGGAACGGUUUACCCUUACCCAAUCUGCCUCCUUCUUCCAUCUCAGCCUCUGCACCAGGUUCCCAUCUCCCACUUACAGUUCAGACCAGUCUGCCCCACUACCCUUUGCCCUCGGUACAACCAUCUCCUGCUGGCCUGCCCUGCCUCCAUGUCCCAGCAACUCACAUCCUCCAUGCCCACAACACCAUCAAACCUCCAGGUGGCUCCGUCACUACAAGCCAAGCAGGAACUUCUGCUCAAGCCCAGGUGAGCCAAUCCGGUUCCCUUUCAACUUCAGCCACCUUUGGGCAUGGAAGCCUGCCAGCGUACCAGACCUUCACCCACUCACAUCCGGGGAGCUUGCUGAAACAUGGAGGGCAUACAUCAGGAAAGGCCAGUGGGAAGAAGCUCAAGGUAACCUUUGACAAUCCUGAGUACUGGCAGCACAGCUUGCCCCCAAAAUCAUCCAUACAGGUGGCCCCUGACGGGGCCCAGGGAGGCACAACCAAUGCCAAGCUCUUCUACAAACAGAACGGACACAUACGGCCAGCUGUAGCCGAAAACUCAGAGUACAUGUCUGAAUUUGCUCUAAAGUCCGGCACUGUUCUGCCACCUCCCCCCUACAGGCAGCGAAACACUGUGGUCUAGAUUGCCCCACCCACCCCCCAAUCUGCCGUCCGGACAUCCUAUCUGGUUCCACCAUCAGUGGCGUCGAACAAAAAAAACGACCCGACUCUUUGCCAUCUGCUGUAGCAACAUCCAAAUGAGUUAGACAGGUAUAACCAACUCGGACACCUUCCCUAUAUCCAGUCUGGUCCAUUUCUAUUUGUAGAUAGACUCUUACCACUCGAUGAGAUGCUUAUGGCAAAAAGAUCAGGUGGUGGAGGUACUCUGUGAUGAUGCACCAAGGCAGACGCACAAAGGAUCCAGCUUUGGGGACAUGAACUCACUGCCAGCCACCUUGGUGUCAAUUCUGUGAGAGAAACAAAGGCUUUUCUAUUAUUUGCCAGCAAAAAAAGAAAAAAGAAAAGCAAAGAGGAUGAGCAAUAGUUUCUUAAAUAGGAAAACCAUCACUGAAUGAGGUGGAAAAAGAAUAAAGAAUGUGAGAAAAGAACAAGGCGCAGUAUGGAAGGAGCAACAGAAAAAGACUUACCCGUCAUAUUCAGUGUUUUUGCCUUUCGGGUUAUAACGUGUGUUCUUGAAUUUUCCAUCAAAUGUGUGAAAAUCAUCUAAUCCUAUUGUUACUGUGAUGAUGUGAUGGCCAGAACUGCAACGAUCUCUUUUCUUUGUAGUUCAACCUCAGACUUUAUACAACCGCCUGAAAAUAUCCAGGGCAACUACUGUUAGUUAUUUCCUUUGUUUGUUUUUGGUGAACUGCUGUAAGCUUGGAGAUGAUGAUCAAAAAUCCCAUUCAAGGGGGGAAAAGUACACUGUUGUUACAUUUCUAUACACUACUGAAAAUGAUUCAUUUUCUACACUGUUUUUUUUUUUCCCUUUCACAUCUCAAAGCUAAAUUUAAUGAGUAAAUGUGAAGUAAAUUGCUGCAGACAGACAACAGUGAAAAGAUAAUCUGGAAAGCGGCAGAACUCAAAAUGUCGAUCACAGGGAGAGGGAUUCCUCGGAAGAAAUUUUAGCAAAGGUUCCUACAAGCUGACUGAUGAAGACCUCAAGGAACGAUUGUGGCAGUACAAGCAGGGUGCAGGAAAAUAGGCAACCUGUUAAUGCGUGCUUGCAUCAGUGUGAUUGGGAUGAGUGACUAUGUGUGUUUCAGCAAGCCAUCUUGGCCCCUUUGAGAAAGAGAAGUAUCGUUGUCAUUAACAACUUAGUAGUGUUGUUAUUAACAGCUGUAGAUAUUAACCAACAGUGUGCUUACGAGGGGUGAAUUUUGGCAUGGGUGUUGCAAUAAGAUACGUGUCACGAUAUUUGGAUCACAAUACGAUAUUAUCGCAAUAUCAUUAUAUAUUGCGAUAUUUUUCCAGCUAUCAAAAUUAAAUGAAAAAUAAAUAGAUAAUAUAACAGA